CUGGAGCUUGCGUUAUGCUGUAGCGUUAUGUUUUCCACUUCCUUACUCUGCACAACUCCUUUAAAACCCUUGCAUCGUGCUCCUUGAAUUUUGCACUGCUCGGUGUAGAAACGGUGUCAUUAUAUCAUUACAACCAGUGCUAGAAGAAGCAUUUUGCGUUUUUCUAUUUAUUUUCAACAGUCCCCUUUUCUUCACGACCAGCCUCCCCGAGCUCCGAGAGCUUUAUCACCGCCCAGCAUGGCUUUCGACCGCCCCCUCGUUCAGACGCUGCCGAUGCGAUAUCUCAUGAUUCUCCCCGUUAUCCUUGCCGUCUCGACAGUUGGCCUCCUCUUCGCCGUUUCCGACGUCAAUGUGGCUCUGCUGCAGUCACAGUGCCAUUCACAUGCCCGCCUCCCCGAGCUCAGUCGUAUCCCCGUCGUGGGCACCUUCUUCUGCACACUGGUGUCCUUUUUCCAAAUAUCGCUCGACUCAUGGAGAGCCAAGGCUGUUAUGGGUGUCAUUAUUGCCCUUGCCGGGUCUCUGAUUACCGUCACCACGGUGGAAUCAGCUCGCCCGUGCAACAAGAAAGCCAGGCUCGUGGCUAACCCCACGCCCGCGUGGAUUAUUCUCAACUUGCUUGGAGGUGCCAUCAUUUGGCAGCUUCUGAUUGUACCUGUGCAUCUCAGACGAUCUCGUGAGACUUUCCUCGAGAAGGACCCCCAGCAUCAGGAAGAAGCUGGCACAGAUGAGCGGGAGAGAGAAGAGGAGCGCAACGUACCCCUCUCCGAGGUCAUCGCCAUUCCCGUCUCACUGCUUAUUGGCUACUAUCUCCCUUCUGCCCUCAUGGUGGCUCUCAACAACACAGCAACCAUUGCGAGUUGGCAAUUUUUCCCCGUAUACGUCUCCUUUAUCCGCAUACUUGUCCGCUACGUUGUUGAGCGAUUCUGGCCUGAGACCGCCACCACCAUGAUUCACCUCGAGUCCCACCGCAAAAGCAUGGCGGCUGUCUAUGCACUUCCCACCAUUGUUUCUAUUCUCUCACAGGGCACAGCUUUCUGGAGCUUGACGUGGCCAGAGGACCGCAAGGAAAUGACGCGAUCUACGCUCCCUCUUAUUGAGAUGGACCUCUUUUCCAUUGGCGUAGCCACGCUUUACUGGGUGUUUGCCGAAGUUGGCUGGAAGAUCCCAGCUAAAAUGCUUGGCUUGUCCGCUGUCUUUGGUCCUGGAGCUGGUCUUGUGUCUGGCUGGGUUCUCCGCGAAACUGUUUUCCGCGAGGAGAUUGCCAGCAGCCGCCAAGCAACUCAGCAUGGAGAUGGACCUAGUGAAGAGACUCCUCUCCUGCAGUAACAGGACGUAUUACCAAUCAUUUUUUCAUUUGGAUAUCGUUCCGCUAGGGUGUACUUCGCAUGCAUGUUGCCCGCAUCAAAUACCUUUUUUUGUUUUCUUUUGCAAGUUUCACUGUCUCUUCUUUUAGCGAGAAUUUUUGGUCAACAAUUAGCGUUUUUGAAAUAAUUGGAUAUUCAUUUUUUGGAGAAA